AUGGCGUCGUCUUCGUCAAAUGUUGUUGGUGUUCACUACCGUGUCGGCAAGAAGAUCGGUGAAGGAUCUUUUGGUGUCAUUUUCGAAGGCACCAACCUCCUGAACAACCAGCAGGUCGCUAUCAAAUUCGAACCCCGGAAGAGCGACGCUCCCCAACUCCGUGAUGAGUACCGCACAUACAAGAUCUUGGUUGGAUGCCCUGGCAUUCCCAAUGUCUACUACUUCGGUCAAGAGGGCCUGCACAACAUCCUCGUUAUUGACCUCCUCGGUCCCAGUCUGGAGGAUCUCUUUGACCACUGCAACCGCCGAUUCUCCACCAAGACCGUUGUGAUGGUUGCCAAGCAGAUGCUUUCGCGCGUUCAAACGAUUCACGAGAAGAACCUUAUCUACCGAGAUAUCAAGCCAGACAACUUCCUUAUUGGCCGCCCCGGGACCAAGGCUGCCAACGUCAUUCACGUGGUUGAUUUCGGUAUGGCCAAGCAAUACCGUGAUCCCAAGACUAAGCAGCACAUCCCUUACCGCGAGCGGAAAUCUCUGUCCGGUACUGCUCGUUAUAUGAGUAUCAACACACAUCUCGGACGCGAGCAAUCACGACGUGAUGACUUGGAGGCCUUGGGACAUGUUUUCAUGUACUUCCUGAGAGGUGGUCUACCCUGGCAGGGCCUGAAGGCUGCUACCAACAAGCAGAAGUACGAGAAGAUUGGCGAAAAGAAGCAGACAACAGCCAUCAAGGAUCUCUGUGAUGGAUACCCAGAAGAAUUCAACAAAUAUCUGAGUUAUGUGCGAAACCUCGGCUUCGAGGAUACUCCUGACUACGACUACCUCCGUGAUAUUUUGACACAAGCUCUCAAGAACGCCGGAGAGGUAGAAGACGGUGAAUACGACUGGAUGAAGCUGAACAACGGACGCGGCUGGGAUUACAAGUCCUACUCUUCUCAGGCACACCUUCACAACCAGCACCAGGGCUCAUCGGGCCGCGAUCACCACGCUCGCGAGCUCCGCAACAGCCAGCGCCCAGGAGUUACAGCUGACCGUUUAAACGCCGCGCAGCCCCCGCCUCCUUCUCCAGCCAAAGCUGGAGCCGGAAAGACGCGCGAGCGCCCAAGCGCCGGCGGCAUGCCGCCCAAACGCCAGAGCGGGGGUUGGAAGCGUCGACUCCUGCCGCGUCUACCCAGGCACAGUUCCAAAACUCCAAUGCUCAUCUGCCCAAUCGCAUCGGAAGCCCAGGGAACCAGGCAGUCGGUCAGCCAGCUCUCGGGGCUCAGGACAAUGACGCACAGCCUACUUUCGCUCAGAAGGUGA